AUGGCUUCACCAUCUCGUCUCGAACGCUCCUCUACAUCACCUACCGGUGUUGCUGCUGCGCCGCCAACGCCGCCAGCGCCGCCAACUGCCGCUUUAAACCCCGCUGCGCAAAACGGCUCAGAGCCGGUUGCUAUUCAGGUCAAUAUUAACCACGACCUAGACGACGACACAACCGAUACUGAUUCUGCAUAUGGGACCGAUGCGGACACAGCUUAUACCGGAUCCGUGACAUCCUCAAUUAUGCACUACCAGUAUGAAAACGGCCGACGGUACCAUGCCUAUCGUGAGGGCCAAUAUGUUUUGCCCAAUGAUGAGACUGAGCAGGACCGUCUCGACCUUCAACACCACAUCUGGCGCCUGAUCCUUGGAGGUCGUCUGUACACCGCACCGCUAACUUCCCAAGACAUAUCCUCUGGACUACGAAUCCUGGAUCUGGGCACUGGCACUGGGAUAUGGGCAAUAGAUAUCGCCGACGAAUUUCCAAGCUCAGAUGUCUUUGGAGUCGACCUGUCGCCGAUUCAGCCUGACUGGGUGCCGGUAAAUUGCCGCUUUCAUGUCGACGACUACGAGGACGAGUGGACUUACACAGACAGCGAGAAAUUCGACUAUAUCCACGGUCGGGCGUUAAGCGGCACCUCGGCUGAUUGGCCACGUUUCUAUGGCAAUGUUCUCAAUGCGCUCAAGCCCGGUGGAUGGGUCGAGAUGCAGGAGUAUGAUGCCUGGAUUUUCAGUGAUGAUGAUAGCUGCGAUCGUGCGCCUUGGACCAUGGAGUGGGUUCACAAGUUGGAUGAAGCGAGCAAGCGUUUUGGGAAACAGAUCAACGUGGCGAAAUACCACCGACAAUGGAUGAUUGAUGCCGGCUUCGAAGAUGUUCAAGAGUUGGUCUAUAGAAUUCCCAUUGGGCCUUGGGCGAAGGAUCCGACAUUGAAAGAGUUAGGCCGGUACGAGUUGAUCCAUAUGCAAAUGUCUGUGGAAUCGCAUACUCCUGCACUAUUCAGCCGGGUAUGGCAUUACUCCGAAGACCAGUGUAAAGUCAUGAUUGAGAGCGUCAAGCGAGAGUUCAGAGACAAGAACUUGAGGCUCAUCACGUCCUAUCGAUUCAUCACCGGACGUAAGCCUUCGUAAAAGGCUGAAAUUCUACCAGAACACUGGCCAGGUGGCCUCCAUAUCUCAGAUCCCUCUUUCUUGGUGUUCACUUCUUCUUGUACAUUUUAUUGCACCCCACCUAGCUUUUCUUAAUGCAUGUAAGAGCUUGACUCUGUUGAGUUAGUACCUGCACAGAUAUAACAACUUAAAUGACAUUCAGUAGCAGCCGCGUGCCAUAGCAGCAGCAUCGGCUAGGUCCCGCAUGUCCUUCUCCUCCGCAUCCGUCAACUCGACUUCCAGCGUGCUCAUAUCCUCCUCCAAAUACUUUAUCUUCUUAGUCUCCUACCUGGAGCUCAAAGGCAGAUUUAUCGCGUUUUCAUUACCCAGUGUUUGUGUCGCAUGGAAAUGCGAUGAAUCACCACUACGCUUAGAUCUUCUUAGUCCCUGGGAUCGGGAUAAUAUCAUCGACCUGCCUCAGCAACCAGGCCAACGUUAGCUGCCCAAGAGCCACACAAUGUCAGUGAUGAAGAAGUCGCUUUUGCAGCUUGUUUUUCCAAAAAUCCCGCUAUAACAGAAGUAAUAGUCUUGAUAGAAACCUUCCCCGAGGUGCGAUAGCAAGGUGUUGGCUACAGAGUUGCAGAAGAUGUAACAGAAAAUCGCAACGAAGGAAGAGGUGCAUGGGAUCAUCGAGCCGACUAUUAAAUCGAUGACACUGUCUGUUUCAGUAACUUCU